AUGUUCUUAAGACAGAUUCCAUUACAACUUGAGGACAUUCUUAUAAAUGAAAGCGAUAAUCUUUAUGAUGAUAAUAACAUUUUUUUAAAUAUCCCUAAUGAUAGUGGCGAUUUUUAUAAUAUUUCUGAUGAUGAUGAUGACCAAGACACAAAUGGAGAGUUUAACGAAAAAAUGUAUGAUGGGAGUUUAGCAGCAUAUAGGGAUUUUGCAAAUAUUGUUAAACAUUCUAAGUUCAAUCCAAAAGAUGUUCUGCUAUCACUUGCAACUAUUAAGAAAUACUGA